AUGCAAGGAGAUCUUGCUAAAAAUGUUGAGCAGCUUGUUGCUCUUAUCAUCAGUAUUAUAAAUGAAAAUAUAAAUGAAAAUAUAGAUGAAAAUCAGGAGCACAAUUGUACUGAACAACACGAAAACAAAAAUGUCGCAGAUCUUGAAGAUGUCUUUUCAAAAUACACAAAUCAUGUGAAUGAUUUAUUUCAUUUAUAUAAACCGGAGGACCUUUCCGAUAAUGCUAAAGAAGGUUUAGAAAACUCUUUGGAAAACUCUACAAGUGACUCCAAAGUAAGCACUACGAAUAGGGAUGACCACACAAAGUUUAACGAAUUCAUUGUCGUUAAUGCUUCUCAAUCAGUUUCGAACUUGCUAAUAACAGGAUUAAUUGACUCGGCAGCAGCAGACAAGAAACAUUAUACUUAUCAGAAAAAAAUUGCCUUUUUGUUAGAUUUUUUGAUCUGGCUUGCAUUAAAAGUUGAUGAAUGUGCCAAAACUGCAUUCUACCAAACUUUAUUGACUACACUGCAACAGUUACUAGCAAUCUCUACUGAUGAGGCGCAAAUUUUUUGGAAUUACUUGGAGGCGCGAUUGGACUUGAUCAAGAAUGGGCUAUUCCACAAUAAUGUUGGCGAGCGGAUGCAGAUUCUUCAAUUGACAAACACCCUCAUUGAUAAAUUUCGCACCACAAAAGUUGAAAACAGAGCUGACCUGUACAAGAAAGAUACUCAAGAUGAUGUUUUUCAAAGUCGGGUUCGCUCGUUUGUUACACAGUUGUUAAAAUUUGAUGAUACAACUGGUCUCAACAAAUAUUUUCAUUUGGCAAAUCGGAAACCUGUUCUGAUCUAUGUAAAGGAUGAUUUUUUACUGGACUUACUUGAAGUCCAAAAGGUCUUUAAUAACCCUAUUCAAUUUAUGAAGAAACUGGAAGCCAAAAAUUUGAAAAGAUUGGGAAGCAAGAUCCAGACUGUUUUGCAAGAGCUUUUCCAAGAUGAACGGAACUAUAGGAACAGUUCACCACUUGCAGAUCCGUUAAAAUUAAAACAACAAAAGCCUGAUACAGAACGCAAGUUUCUCAAUGAAAAAAUUUCGACCCAAUUAUUUGUCCCAGAAACGUAUUUUGAGUCUCAUUUUUUGACUCCAAAAGAUGAAGCGUUUGCAGAGCUGCAGAAACGAGACGGACAAUAUGUAUCUAAAGAGUUGAAAGCAUCCAAAAGCCGAUUGCAAUAUAUUUGUGAGAUUUAUAUUGUUGUUUCAUUAUACAGUGAUUUAUCGCAAAGCGCAAAGCUGGAAUUACUUCGCGAUAUAGGUUCUCCAGCAGGCUCAAAACAUUUGACAGAUGAAGAUUUACCUCAUUCCUCAGCGAAAUAUUUCCUUGACAUCAAGAAGGAUAUAUUGGCAGAAAUGAAGAGAAUCGAUUCAGCACUCUACCACACCCUUUUGAAUCUCAAUGUGUCAGAGAAAAGUUGGUGGCGAUGGCUUCUUGUCGGGAAAGAUCUGAAGUAUGGAGGAGUAUAUUUUUCAGAUUUGUUAUUAUCUUCAGAAGAGUUGGAGCGUACUGAAACGAGUCUUAAAGAGUAUUUGCCAUUCAAAAACAAAAAGAGUUUCAACACUUAUGUAACGCCGCAAGUUUCGAGAAAAAUGCGAACCCCUCUGGGGUUGAAACAGUUGAAACAAAUGAAGGUGUUCAAUGUCGAACAUGCUCUCAAAGAACUAGAAGAAAUACGCGAAUGUGACAAAAACGACGAAGUAGACCACAUUUAUCAAAAUGAGAGGCGAUGCUCGUUGGUAUGGAAAACUAUGCGAAAACGACGGACACAAGAUUGGUUGGCAAGUACUGCUGACCUUCUCGAGAAAUCCAAGGACAAAGAGCUGAAAAAGGACGAGGAGAUGCAAAUACAGGAUGACGAAAAGAUUGCGGAAGUGGAAGAACAAGUGAAGGUAGAGGAAAAAGGAAUGGUAGAUGAAGCAGUAGAGAAAGACAAUAAGAUGAAUAUAGAAGAAAUAUCUCUCAAACGAAACAACGAAGAAGAGCUUCUGAGUUCCGAAACCAAAAAGUCUAAAAUAUAA